AGAGAUCUCUCUCUCGCUCUCUCACACACACACAGUGGCGCUUCUCAAGUCUCUCCGAUUUAUGGCUCUUGCUGAACGGAUUCAAGGAAAUGAUUUUCUAUUUGAAACUUACUACAACUACUUAAUAAGAAAGAAGAAAUAAUAUUCAACUUGUCUCUUUGCUGUUUGUCCCUAGCUCAUGCUUACAGGACAAUACGUGACAAAUAUUUGUGCGCACGUUUUGCUGUUUGUUUGAACUGGUUUAAAGAUUAAUUCCUCUCCACAUGGGCAAACCGGUGUGUUAACUGUAAAGGAAUUCUUUUUUUCUAGAAAAAAUUUUUCUAGAAUUUUUAAAAUUCUAGAUCAAAAUGAUUGAAUUUAGCCAGAUUUUAUCAGCUAUUGGCGAUUUUGGCCCCUUCCAGAAGCGCCUCCUUGGGGUCGUAUGCCUCCCCAACAUCUUCUCAGCUUUCCACAUGUUUGUCCAGGUGUUUACUGCGCUGAAUUUCCCACACAACUGCAAUACUAACUGGAUACGGAAACAAGGACCGAACCUGACUUACGAGGACCAGCUAAAUCUGACAGUCCCUAAAGACUCAGCUGGCAAUUAUGAGAGCUGUCAAAUGUUCACGCCUGUAGAACUUGAACUUGAAGUCAUUGAAGCCUAUGGACUGAAUGCUACAGAGAAAUGCAGAGAUGGCUGGAUUUACCAAACUCCUCAAGGGAGUAGCACCUUAAUUACUGAGUUUGACUUGGUGUGUGACAGUAUGAGUCUGAGUGAGACCUCACAAUCUAUCUACAUGGCUGGACUCCUCAUUGGCGCUCUGCUGUUUGGACCAAUGGCUGACAAAUAUGGCCGACGUUUUGUCCUACUCCUCUCCUUGACCUUGCAGUUCUUGUUUGGUGUUGGUGCUGCUUUCUCCCCCAACUUUUAUGUUUACAUUGCGCUUCGCUUUGUGGUUGGCAUCACUAUAUCAGGCAUCACCAUCACUACCAACAUUAUAGGCCCUGAGUGGUGUGGUCCAUCACGUCGAGCCCUCUUUACCAUCUUGUCUCACUCUUGCUAUGCCGUGGGGCUGAUGCUACUAUCAGGGUUGGCCUACGGCAUCCGCAAUUGGAGGAUCCUCCAAUUAGUUGUGUCUGCUCCAAUCCUGAUUCUUGGUAUCUACUUCUGGAUCCUUCCAGAGUCAGCUCGAUGGCUCCUGACCCAAGGGAGACAGGAGGAAGCCAAGAAGAUAAUCCUGAAUGCAGCCCGAGUCAACGGCAAGACAGUUUCAGAAUCUCUAAUAGAAAGGCUGGAGGCAGAGAACACAGUCACAACUGGCAGCAUGCUGGACCUUUUCCGAGUGACGAGUCUGAGAAAGCGCACUUUGAUCAUGUGUUAUAUCUGGUUUGUGAUCAGCCUGGUGUACUAUGGGAUCAGUCUAAACGUGGGAAACUUUGGCCUGGACAUCUAUCUGACACAGCUCAUCUUUGGCAUUGCAGAGCUUCCGGCUCGCCUUAGCUGCUACCCACUCGUUGAACGCUUUGGCAGAAAGAAAUCACAAAGUGCAGCGUUGCUCCUCGGGGGAACUGCAUGUCUGGUUAUUCUUGCCAUUCCAACAGAUUACCCCAUAGUUGUGACUGUCAUAGCAGUAGUAGGGAAAUUCUCACUUGCUGCCUCCUUUACCAUAGUGUACGUGUACACUGCUGAGCUGUACCCCACUGUCGUGAGGCAGAACGGGGCAGGAUUAAAUGCCAUGUUCGCCCGUGUGGGUGGGAUUUUGGCUCCUCUGAUUGGUCUGUUGGAUGUCUAUCAUUACUCCAUUCCAAUGGUAAUCUAUGGGAGUUUACCGUUUCUGGCUGGAGCGCUUUGCUUUAUGCUUCCCGAGACACUGAACACAGAGCUUCUGGAUCAUACUGAUGCUCUCAUGGAUACGAAGAUGAAAUCAAAGAAGGAAAGUGUUGAAAAUGGAAGAAACCAGAAAGAAAUGACUAAAGAGUCACCAAAGAGCACAAAACUAUAAAACAGUGUUAAACUUAAACCUGUGUAGAAUUUUUAGCCAUGUCAUCUAUCGCAUGUCGAACAAUAAAGAAAGACCGACGUAUGCCUGUCGUGAACACCACGAACAAUCACGAUGCAGACGAUGACGAAGAUGACGACGACUGUUUACACAUCCUGUUGAACAGCUUGUGCUCUAGCAGUUUGUAUUUAUAUGAAUUUUAUUCAUCCUUCUGUCAUGAAUCUGACCAAAUGUUCAGUAUUAAUACAUCAUACAGCUGUAACACUAACACUCAUGGAAUAAAAAGUGACAGCACAUCGUUUUUUCA